ACGGUGCUUUGCGUGUGUGACGUCACGGCAGGCUGGCCCACAGAGAGGCUGGCUGAGCGCACACCGAGCGGCGCCAUGCACUGCCCUCGGACCGACAGCUAGCGAGCAGAAAUGCCUCCCGAAAAGCUCAGCCCGGCGUACACGUUGUCGUAUUUUUUCACUUAUACAAGAUGUGACUAGAGAGUGUGACGAAAUGGCGAUGUAUUGAGUGUUACUUUUCCGUCUCGCGCGGUGUAGCGUGGCAGAGACAGUGGAUCGUUUCCAAAGUUGUCGGUUAGCUGGGCGCGUGUAAAGGAUCGGACUUAAAGGCGCAGCGCACCCGCUGUAGCAGCAAACAUGGAGAAGCAGCAACAGCAACAGCAGCAGCAGCAACAGAGCGAUUUGGAAAGAGACCGACAGUACUGUGAACUUUGUGGGAAAAUGGAGAACCUCCUCAAGUGUGGCAGGUGCCGGAGCUCCUUCUACUGCAGCAAGGAGCACCAGAAACAGCACUGGAAGAAACACAAGCUCAUAUGUAAGGAGGCGGAGAAGGGGCAGCUUCCCAAAGAGAAGCCCGAGGAGACUCCGUCGGGGAGCGACCAGGAUACGGAGCAGCACCGAGAAAAGAUAAGCCCCGAGCAGGCGGACAGCGCGUCUGUACCACAAACCACAAACACAGAAGCACCACCUGAGGUCGGCGACAAACAGGGAGAGGACCCGUCCUCCAACGACACCUCCAAACCUAACGGACAAACUAGCUCAUCCCCUCAGAAACUUGCCACGGAAUACAUAGUCCCCUGUAUGGACAAGCACGGUAUCUGUGUGGUGGACAACUUUUUAGGACAAGAGAUUGGACAGGGCAUUUUGGAGGAUGUCAAAGCCCUUCACAAAACGGGCAAAUUCACAGACGGACAGCUAGUCAGUCAAAAAAGCGACUCCACUAAAGACAUCCGAGGUGACAAAAUCACGUGGAUAGAGGGACGAGAGGCCGGCUGCGAGAAGAUCCGCUUCCUAAUGGGUCGCAUGGACGACCUGAUUAGACAUUGUAACGGCAAACUGGGAAACUACACAAUCAAUGGAAGGACGAAAGCAAUGGUGGCGUGUUACCCUGGAAACGGAACAGGAUACGUGCGCCAUGUGGAUAACCCGAACGGCGAUGGACGGUGUGUCACAUGCAUAUAUUACCUUAAUAAAGAUUGGACUGCCAAGGAACAUGGUGGCCUUCUUCGAAUCUUCCCAGAAGGAAAGGCCCAGUUUGCUGACAUAGAGCCUAAAUUUGACCGUCUGCUGCUGUUCUGGUCGGACAGGCGAAACCCUCACGAGGUUCAGCCCGCCUUCGCCACCAGGUAUGCCAUCACAGUGUGGUAUUUUGACGCAGAUGAGCGAGCCAGAGCUAAAGAAAAGUACUUAACAGGUGCAGGAGAAAAAGGAGUAAAGGUUGAACUCGACAAAUCAUCAGAUCCCAGCUAGUGGGAAAACCGCGCUCCACUACAAACAACCAUUAAGUGCUCUGUCCUAAGAAAGUGGCCUAUAGAGAGCAUGUGUGUGUUUUACAUGGCAAAACGGCAGACUUUUUGCUCGACUGGGUGGAAGAUCCAUGCUUAUGGAGACAAAAACAAAUACACAGUGAUUUCUGUUCAUUUACAGCAAAUCUGGGCUACCCAGCAGACCUUGAAUGUCACAACAUUGUACUGAAAGGGAUUGUAUGGAUUGUUUUUGUUUUCUUUUCACCUCUUUGGUGGCAAGCGCUUACGUUACAUUUUCAAAAAAAAAAAAUCACUUCAAACUGAUCACUCAGAGAAUCGACAUCUUUGGCAUAUUUGUUUUUGCAGGUAAUUCCUUAAAGGUACAGUGUUCUGCAUAUGCUUUAUGUGUUAUGCUUUUCACAUGGAAUCAGCUGUUAUAAGCUACUGUAUGGCAAAAAUGUGCUUGAGUUUGCAAUAAUAUGAGGAAUGAUCUGAAUUAAAAACACCCUUUUUCUGACAGAAAUGCA